AUGUCGAAAUUCGUUUUGGCUGCGUCAGCAGCGGUACCGAUCGCGUAUUCGCUACGAGAGCCGCCGCAUGAUGGUCUCGAGGCGAAAAAGCGAAAAGCUCGCGGAAUCAUCACCAAAUUUAUGAUUGUUAAUGGAAUUCCGGGGCUCUCGAUUGGAGUAUCGAAAAACGGCGAAAAAAUUUGGAGCGAAGGAUUCGGCUACGCCAACAUCGAAUCCUCCGCAAAAUGUUCGGAAGACACUGUGAUGCGAAUCGCCAGCAUUAGCAAACCAAUAACGGCAACAAUCGCUGCGAGACUCAUCGAGGCCGGCAAAUUGGACAUCGACAAGGAUAUUCGGCACUAUCUUCCCUCGUUUCCCGAGAAGAAUUUCUCCGGAAAACCGGUGACAAUCACAACUCGCCAAUUAUUGUCGCAUUCAGCUGGUAUUCGCCACUAUCACAACGAGAAGGUAAUCAAUGAUAAUUAG